UGACACAACCAAACUCUCGCCCCUCUUCUCGAAUUCCAGAUCGUCUCCUCCUUCACUUGCUUCGAUUCCACCUUGCUGAGCUCUCGACAUGGCGGACACCAUGAUCAAGCCCGAGGAGGGCCACCAUGCUGGGAACAUCGAGUUGAAGGAGAACACCGUGAUUGUCGUUCUCGGAGCCUCUGGAGAUCUUGCAAAAAAGAAGACCUUCCCAGCUCUGUUCGGCCUCUACCGUAACCAAUUCCUGCCAAAAGAUAUUAAGAUCAUCGGAUAUGCGCGAACAAAGAUGGACCAUGAGGAGUACCUCAAGCGGGUCAAAUCAUACAUCAAGACUCCGACGAAGGAUAUGGAGCAGCAGCUUUCGGACUUUUGCAGUGCCUGCUCAUACGUGUCUGGACAAUAUGACAAGGAUGAGUCCUUUGUUGAAUUGAACGAGCACUUGAACGAGCUUGAGAAGGGACGCAAGGAACAUAACCGUGUCUUCUAUAUGGCAUUACCACCCAGCGUCUUCACCACUGUCUCUCAACACCUAAAGAAGAACUGCUACCCAAAGACUGGAAUUGCUAGAAUUAUCGUUGAGAAGCCGUUCGGAAAAGAUCUGGCCAGCUCUAGAGAGCUACAGAAGGCACUGGAACCCAACUGGCACGAGGAGGAGAUCUUCCGUAUUGAUCACUACCUAGGCAAGGAAAUGGUCAAGAAUAUUUUGAUUCUGCGAUUUGGUAAUGAGUUCUUUGGGGCCACUUGGAACCGAAAUCACAUCGACAAUGUCCAGAUCUCCUUCAAGGAGCCUUUCGGAACCGAGGGACGUGGCGGGUACUUUGACGAGUUUGGCAUCAUUCGAGAUGUCAUGCAAAACCACCUACUCCAAGUUUUGACUCUUCUUGCAAUGGAGAGACCUAUCUCCUUUUCAGCCGAGGACGUCAGAGACGAGAAGGUUCGCGUGCUCCGAGGUAUUCCAGCCAUUGAGCCUAAGAACGUCAUCAUUGGCCAGUAUGGCAAGUCGUUAGACGGAAGCAAGCCAUCAUACAAGGAAGAUGACACAGUUCCCAAGGACUCAAGAUGUCCUACUUUCUGUGCGAUGGUAGCUUUCAUCAAGAACGAGCGCUGGGACGGUGUGCCAUUCAUCUUGAAGGCAGGGAAGGCAUUGAACGAGCAAAAGACCGAAAUUCGAAUCCAGUUCAAGGACGUCACUUCCGGUAUCUUCAAGGACAUUCCACGAAAUGAGCUUGUUAUGCGGAUCCAACCCAACGAGAGUGUCUACAUUAAGAUGAACUCCAAGCUUCCUGGCCUUAGCAUGCAAACCGUGGUCACCGAACUCGACUUGACCUACCGACGACGAUUCUCCGACCUCAAGAUUCCCGAGGCAUACGAAUCACUCAUUCUCGAUGCACUCAAGGGUGAUCACUCCAACUUCGUCCGUGACGAUGAGCUUGACGCUAGCUGGAGAAUCUUCACCCCGCUGCUGCAUUACUUGGAUGACAACAAGGAGAUCAUCCCAAUGGAGUACCCUUAUGGCUCGCGUGGACCUGCUGUUCUUGAUGACUUCACCUCUUCUUACGGGUACAAAUUCAGCGAUGCUGCCGGAUACCAAUGGCCAACGACUCAAACGCAGCCAAACAAGUUGUAAGUAUCAUCUAAUCUGAGUUUGGCAGGCGAAAGGAUAGAUAGACAGAAUUGAUGUUAAGUUUGGAUUCUCUCACAGCUGAUUGAUGAUGGGUUCAACUACUCCGGG